UGUUCAAUAAUCAAUCUGGACGUUCUUGGUUGUACAAUCAACUUACACGAUGGAACAUAUCCUACUACAUAUUCUUCUUCUUUUUCUUCUAAUCUCCAUAUCCGCAACAUCCUUUUACAGUUAUUCUUUCAGCUUUCAAUCUCCAACACAUGAAAGUUCUUCUGAUUCUCUUAAAACAGCAGUGCUGCUAAAAAACGUUUCUGUUAAAGAUUUGAUACUUGAGCUUGCUAAUGAUCAAGAAACUGUCAAUUGGAUGAAGAAAGUUAGGAGAAAAAUUCAUCAGAACCCAGAACUUGCAUUUGAAGAAUAUGAGACAAGUAAGCUUAUCAGAGAUGAGCUGGAUCAACUUGGUGUUGCUUAUAAAUGGCCUGUGGCUACAACUGGUGUUGUGGCUACAAUUGGUUCUGGUUCACCACCCUUUGUUGCGUUAAGAGCUGAUAUGGAUGCUCUGCCAAUUCAGGAAUUGACUGGAUGGGAGUACAAGAGUAAAGUAGAUGGAAAAAUGCAUGCCUGUGGACAUGAUGGGCACGUUGCUAUGCUCCUUGGUGCUGCAAAGAUCCUGCAAGAAUUGCGGGAUACAUUGCAGGGAACUGUAAUCUUGAUAUUUCAACCAGCUGAGGAACAAGGCCUAGGUGCGAAAAGCAUGGUUGAAGAAGGAGUUCUUGAUAAUGUGGAGGCCGUUUUUGGGGUGCACGUGGUACAAAAGUAUCCUACCGGAGUUGUUGCUUCCCGACCUGGAGAAUUCCUUGCUGGCUGCGGUGGCUUUAGAGCAAAGAUAAGUGGCAAAGGAGGUCAUGCAGCUGUUCCUCAACACUCCAUUGAUCCAAUCUUGGCAGCUUCAGCAUCAGUAAUUAGUUUGCAACAAAUAAUCUCAAGGGAGGUAGACCCUUUCGAUUCUCAGGUGGUUUCUGUGGCCAUGAUCAAUGGAGGGACUGCAUUUAAUGUGAUACCAGAUUCGGCUACAAUAGCAGGAACAUACAGGGCUUUUAGCAAGAAGAGCUUCAAUGCACUCAGGGAAAGAAUAGAAGAGAUAAUCAAGGGGCAGGCGGCUGUACACAGGUGCUCUUCUGAGAUUGAUUUUACAGGAAAAGGAAGCCCGACACUUCCUCCAACUAUAAACGAUGCCGAAAUCUAUGAACAUGCACAACGGGUUUCAAUUGAUGUAGUAGGAGUAAAAAAUAUUGAAGUAGCUCCAACCUUCAUGGGAAGUGAAGAUUUUGCCUUCUACCUGGAGAGAGUACCUGGAUCUUUCUCAUUUUUAGGCAUAAGAAACGAGAAGCUUGGAUACAUACACCCUCCACAUAGCCCUUAUUUUAUGAUUGAUGAGAAUGUAUUUCCCAUUGGGGCAGCUCUAUAUGCAGGGUUUGCACAUUCUUAUCUUUCACAUUUGACAAGUAAUUCAAAUUCUUUCUGAUUAUGAAUAGAAAAACAUAAAAUUCUUUCUUUUGGCUAAA